GUCAGACAGAGUUGAGAGGAGAGUGGGAGAAACUGAGAGAGAGUAGGAGGAAUGAAAAUAAGAGUUUACAUGCAAGUCAGCAUCACAACUGGAAGCACAGCAUUUCAACAGCACAGACCUUUAUGUUAUGUAAUGCAAAGGGUAACUGAAGUUUGACUUAAAUACAGCAUAACUGCUGCUUAAAGAGACCGACCAAUAGUAGCUACCCCAGUCAAUAAGAAGCCACACGUCUCCUUUGAGUCCUAAAUCAUUCUCCUCAUCAAAAUCAUUUAAACAAGUAUUAGCACCUUACACAGCUGAACUUUAAUCUUUCAGAAAGUGCUUAUGCACUCAAAAUAUCUUCACAGCAUUUCCUGAUAACAUCUCAAAUGAUCUCAUUCUUUCCCAUAAGCAAAUUUCCACCAUAAAAAAUGCAAUGCAAUUGACAUUUCCCCACAACUACUAAAAAAGUUGUUUUAACCCGAGAAAGAAGAGGACAGCACAGCAUUUAUGUCUAAUGUGAUAUUGCAUGAUCUUUGUUGUGCUCAUGGCAAAAAAUACAAGUUCCUCCGGGGUCUUAGAAAAAUGGGAUUCUGUACCAAAUGAACAGCCAUCCGAACCCAUUUUUAAAACCCCUUCACCCUUUUGGAAUCAGGAUUUAUUAUACAGAAGAUCUAGACAAAUACGUGAAUCCACGCCUGAUGUUGUCACAGAUGGAUUUAACUUGUAUACUUACAGGUAUGAUUUAGGCUCUGUCACAAGCCCAAACCUCUCAUGUGUUAUAGGAGCAAAUCAGAGCCAUCCUUCGCCGAGUCUGAACUCUACUAGCAGUAGAUAUCUACCACCUUCAUCGAAAUUACUUGUCAGCGACCCACACACGCUGCACAGUAUUGGAAGGGGCACUCCAUACUGGAGUUAUUUACCUCCAGAAGUAGGACAUGGACUUGUCAAAGGUUUCAGAAAGCUGCAUAAUCCUCAAAUUGACCCAUUGUCAGCUUCAUAUUUUUAUAGAGGGGUUGUAAGGGAUGCUCCAAGAAGAGAUAUUCCAAAUGAGGAAGUCAAAAUGUACAUGCAAAAAGAGAGACAGAGAUAUUCACAUUGGUACCACGAACCACAAAGUUAUAGAAUCUGCUCUAAAACAGAUCGUGAGAGACAUUGUGUGAAAAACAACCCACUGCUAGGUUCUUUAUUACAUACAGAUUCUAAUAAAGAAUAUUUUAAGCACAGUAUUGAGUACAAACAUCACCAGCCGCUCACUUUGUACGACUCUACUCAUGCUGUGCCUGAAAAAUCACAGCGGGAAAGUGAAAAACAAACAAGAGAGGAGCUCCCCCUGCUGGUCUGGAGAGAAGAAGAAGCAGAAAAACACAAUCACCAAACAAACACUAGCUCACAGACUAAAUCCUCCUCUUCUGCCCUUUGGGUGCUCCGUCGCUUUGCAGAAGGCACUUUGGUGGAACUCGAGGGCGGCCGGCUGAAGCGGGUGGAGGAUUUAAAGAUGGAGGAUUUGGAGCGGUGUGCUCAGUUACAUCCUGAGCUGACACUGAAGCGUUUCACUGUGUUGAAGAUGACUCCCUCACAGACCCCAACGCUCUCAUGUUUACGUGUGGAGAUUGAGCAUGACCACUCACAGUUGUCAUUGGAGGUGAGUGAAGGGCUGCCCUUCUUUGUUUGCGGUUAUGGCUGGUCCUCCUGUAACCCUCAACAUACAAGUCAAACCUGCAGACUACAAUGCCGCCGACUAAAGGUGGGUGACGUGUGCCUGGCACUGACGCAUAUGCCCACCUCUUCAUCUCAGCCUGCCAAUCAGAGCCUAGAUGAAGUUGGUGGAGAUCAAGCGUUUCCAAAGUGUCAUGCCGAAAACAACUCCACAAUGCAGAAGAAAAAACAAUCAAGAAAGAGACACUUCACAGCUCCUGAACUAAGCGGCUAAAGGCUAAGUCAUAUAUUGUAUUUUAUUUUAUUUUUUUACUUUUUUAUAGAACAGAAGUCUUUGUACAUUACAAAUACCAUCUUUUGGAAAUAUAACUGUGUAAAUAGUAACUGCAAUAUUGCCAGUUCAACUACACUAUCGUUCAAAAGUUUAGGGUCAGUGAGUUUAUUUUAUUUUUUUAUAAUAUAAACUUAAUAUAAAGACAAUAUUUUAUAUAUUUAAUUGGUCAAAAGUGGCAGUACUCUUAUUUUUAUGUAAAAUAUGUGUGUUUCUUUGACACUUUCAAUUCAUCAAAGAAUCCAGCAAAGACAUAUCAUAAUUUCCAUACAAUACUAAGUAGCACAAUGUAUUUCAGCAUUGAUAGUAAUAAGAAAUAUUUAUUGAGUACCAUAUCAGCAAAUUAUAGUUAUUUAUUAAGUAUCAUGUGACAGUACAUGUAGACUGGUGUAAUGGCUGCUGAAAAUUUAUUUUUGAUAUAACAGGAAUUCAGUUUUGAAAAAAUAUUAUAAUAAAAAAACAAUACAAUAUAAUAUAACAACAUUUACAGUAUUUUUUAUCAAAUCAGUGCAGCAUAGGCGAGCAUAAGAUUAAAAAUGUAUUAACUAAUAUCUUACAGACCCCAAAACUUUUGAACAGUAGAUUAUUUUGUCACAAAAUACACAUCAGACUCUGACCUAACAACAACAAAAUUGGAUAUUACAGUUGUUAUGUUUUGUUUUUCUGGUCUAUAAUUCCCUGUAUGCACAUACACUGGUAUCAAGAACAUGUUAAAAACCCUAUACAAUAUCUGAUAUUGAUAUUUGAUAACUUUUUGACACUGGACUUCGUGGACUUCUGUUAAAUUGGUGGAAAUCUAUAUACCUGUGUACUUCCAAAACCUGACCAAAUAAAAAGUGACGAAAGUGAAAAAGUGACGUGACAUUCAGCCAAGUAUGGUGACCCAUACUCAGAAUUUGUGCUCUGCCUUUAACCCAUCCCAAGUGCACACACACAGAGCAGUGAACACACACACACUGUGAACACACACCCGGAGCAGUGCUUAGCAUAUGCAAAUAAUAUUUAUGACAUCAUUUCCUGCACAAGACUGUAUAUUUUUUGCUGUUGUCCAAUAAUAUGCUUUCUAUGAUGGGAAUAUAAAUUGUUAUAAAUUAUUUUAUCAUUGAAUAAAUUAUUUUAAAAAUGCAUUACCAGUAUUAUA